AUGAGUUGAGCAGAGUUUAGUCCGAGAGAAGCGGUGCAACGGGAAUGAACAGACCCGCACGGGAACAUAAUAACCCAACCGGCAGGUUUUUUUAUAAACAUUUUUUUUUAAACUGACAAGGACAAUUUACAGGCUACCUACGUUUACAGACAAUAUCAACUGUGGAACGUUUUGAAUAGGACUGUUGUUAUUGAGCCAUUGACCACAACCCACCGCUGUCUGUCUGUCUUUUAAACCGGAGAGUGAGAACCGACAAGGACAUGCCGCUAUAUGGGAACGUGUAACCCGGGCAUCAGUGCAGCUCACGGGACCGGUAAACACGUCUCUAAUAACCGCCGUGGAUCUAUAUUUUCCAUUUGGAAUCUUCACAGCUCUUCUCUCAGAAACAGUCUCCUCGAAGAAUCCGGUGACUCACCGCGAGGGGAAGGCAAGCCUGUGCAUUCUAAUCAGCCGCACCGGGAGAACGGAGAGGAGAACGGAACGAGCUCAUUGACAUUACAGUCAUACUUUUUCUGGAGCACUUCUACUUCGGUAGCUGCGCCCGCACCACUCGGUACCGCUGCUCGUCUGCGUCGGUCCGAGCUGGUUGGUGGCUUCAUUCUCGCCACCCGGGGAAGGAAUAUCAGUGUGACAGACCAAGCGAAGGGAUUGCGCUUUAACAUAAACCAAAACCAAAGGAUUAUUUGUGUUUUGUGUUUAACCUGAUACCUUUCGGCAAGAGAGCGACAGAGAGAGCACGGGAACGCAUAACGGCUGUUCUAUUCCGUUGGAGACAGAGAGGGUUGCGAUUAUUCCUGAGAUGAGCCUGGGCGUUCAACUGAAUUUAAAUUAGGUGUCCACGAGCACCACCGUUUUCUACACGGGAAAGGAGAGCGAGAGAGAGAAAAGGGAAUUUAAAUCGGUGAACUAGAAUGACUUCUACAUUCCACGAUGAACGGAACUGUGUGUUUAAUCCUGAAUGGUAGAAAUCACCCAUUUUGUGUUGAAGAAAUCAACAGGUCGGAGUCGGAAGCGUAAAAAAAAAAUCCCUCGAAAUUAAAAAACCCUCUCACCGAAGGAUGUAUCUUUCUAUUUUAUUUUUCCUUCUCCUUUGGGCUCAAGCCCUGGCUUUGAAAAACUUGAAUUAUUCCGUUAACGAAGAACAAGGACCGGGGACGGUUAUAGGCAACAUCGCCAAAGACGCUAAACUCGGUCUCGGGCAAGGGGGACAAGGGAAAAAGUCCAACUUCAGGGUUUUGGAGAAUUCAGCACCACAUCUCAUCGAUGUGGACCCUGAGAGCGGGCUGCUCUACACUAAGCAACGCAUCGACAGGGAAACACUGUGUCGGCGGAACCCCAAAUGUCAACUCUCCAUGGAGGUAUUUGCUAACGACAAAGAGAUCUGCAUGAUUAAAGUAGAUAUAGUCGACAUCAACGACAACUCGCCCACGUUCCCUUCCGAUCAGAUUGAUAUUGACAUUUCUGAGAACGCUGCCCCGGGCACCCGUUUCCCGCUGACUAGUGCUCAUGACCCGGACGCUGGAGAAAACGGGCUAAAAACCUAUCAGAUCACACGAGACGACUACAAUCUGUUUUCUCUGGAUGUAAAAUCCCGCGGGGACGGAACAAAAUUUCCCGAGUUAGUUAUCCAACGGCCGUUAGACCGGGAGGAACGCAACCAUCACACCCUCAUCCUAACCGCUACGGACGGCGGGGAGUAUCCCAGAUCAGGAACCAUGCAGAUUAAUGUGAAAGUUAUUGACUCUAACGACAACAGCCCUGUGUUUGAACAGCCCUCGUAUGUCGUAGAUAUCCCAGAAAACUCUCCACCUGGGAAAGUAUUGAUCGAUUUAAACGCCACAGACCCAGACGAGGGUUCCAAUGGGCAGGUCGUGUAUUCAUUCAGCGGUUACGCGCCCGACAGAAUCAGAGAACUCUUCUCUAUAGAUUCUAGAACGGGAGUCAUAAAAAUCCAAGGAGAGAUUGACUAUGAGGAGAACUCUAUUAUAGAAAUAGAUGUUCAGGCUAAGGAUUUAGGCCCUAACCCCAUCCCAGGCCACUGUAAAGUAACUGUGAAUGUGAUUGACAGGAAUGACAACUGGCCCUCCAUAGGGUUUGUGUCUGUGAGGCAGGGGGCCAUUAGUGAGGCCGCCCCGCCAGGCACCGUCAUCGCCCUGGUCAGAGUCACGGAUAAAGACUCUGGCAGGAACGGGAAGCUCCAGUGUAGAGUCUUGGGGAACGUUCCGUUCAAACUAGAGGAGAACUACGACAACUUCUACACCGUGGUGACGGACAGGCCUCUGGACAGAGAACAGCAGGACGAGUACAACGUCACCAUCGUCGCCAAGGACAACGGCACGCCGCCCCUUAACUCCACCAAGUCGUUCACGGUGAAGAUUCUAGAUGAGAACGAUAAUGUUCCGCGCUUCACCAAAGCCGUGUAUCUGCUCCAGGUGCCGGAGAACAACAUCCCCGGGGAGUAUCUGGGUUCCGUCCUCGCUCUAGACCCGGACCUGGGCCAGAACGGAACCGUGUUCUACUCCAUCCUCAACUCCAACGUGAGCGGAGGAGACGUCAACACCUUCGUGAACGUGAACGCGGCCAACGGGGCGAUCUACGCCGUGAGGUCAUUCAACUACGAACAAAUCAAAUUCUUUGAUUUUAAGGUUUUAGCGAAGGAUGCUGGGUCUCCCCACCUGGAGAGCAACAGCACGGUCAGGGUCAGCGUCUUAGACGUUAACGACAAUAUCCCCGUCAUCGUUCUCCCGCUGCUCCUGAACGACACGGCAGAGAUCCACGUGCCACGGAACGUCGGCGUAGGUUACAUCGUCACCACGGUGAGGGCGGUCGACAACGAUUACGGCGAGAGCGGGCGGUUGACCUACGAGAUCUCUGACGGUAACGAGGAGCGUCUGUUCGAGAUGGACCCGGUGACGGGCGAGGUGCGGACCGCUCACCCCUUCUGGGAGGACGUCAGCCCCAUGGUGGAGCUGAUCAUCAGGGUGAUGGACCACGGGAAGCCCACCCUCACCACCGCCGCACGCCUCAUCGUCAAGGCCUACAGCGGGCCGCUGCCGGGCGGGGAGCCCCACAUCAACGAAGAGCAUCACAACUGGGACACCUCGCUCCCUCUCAUCGUCACCUUAUCCAUCAUCUCUACCAUGCUGCUGGCUGCCAUGGUAACCAUCGCCGUGAAGUGCAAACGGGAGAACAAGGAGAUCAGGACGUACAACUGCCGCAUCGCGGAGUACUCUCACCCACAGCUGGGCAAAGGCAAGAAGAAGAAGAUCAACAAGAAUGACAUCAUGCUAGUUCAGAGCGAGGUGGAGGAACGGGACGCCAUGAACGUCAUGAACGUGGUGAGCUCACCAUCGCUCGCCACCUCCCCCAUGUAUUUCGAUUACCAGACGCGGCUGCCGCUGAGCUCGCCCAGGUCGGAGGUCAUGUACCUCAAGCCCACGGCCAGCAACCUGUUGGUGCCCCAGGGACAGGGACACGGCGUCGGCUGUCACACGUCCUUCACUGGCCCGGUGACUAACACCACAGAUACCCCCAGUAACAGGAUGUCCAUUAUACAGACAGACAAUUUUCCCGCUGAGCCCAAUUACAUGGGCAGCAGGCAGCAGUUUGUUCAAAGCAGCUCGACAUUCAAGGACCCAGAGCGAGCCAGCCUUAGAGACAGUGGUCAUGGAGAUAGUGAUCAGGCCGAUAGCGACCAGGACACUAAUAAAGGCUCCUGCUGCGACAUGUCGGCCAAGGAGGCUCUGAAGAUGAAGGCUACGGGGGUUAAACCACCUCCUCUUGAACAGG